AUGAUUGAUAGUUCUGUUUUGAAUCAAAUAAAAAAUAGAUGUGGCUUUUCAAAUGGCUUAUGCCUUAGUAGUGUUGGAAAUUCAGGAGGGAUGGGUUUUUGGUGGAAAGAUAUUAAUGCAAAUGUUGUUUCUUAUUCUGAUCAUCAUUUUGAGGUGAAUUUGUUAGAUGAUAAUAAUACCCCGAGGUGGAGAGCAAUUGGCAUUUAUGGAGGGGGUGUUCCGAGAAGCGAAAGGUUGAUGGAUGCAUUUAGGGAAGACAUUGAUCAAUGUCGCCUUCGAGAUUUGGGUUUCAAAGGGAGCAUUUUCACAUGGGAGAUAGGUAAUUCUAUGACCAUCUAUGUUCGUGAUUGGCUUGAUCGGUUUCUUGCGGAUGAUGGGUGGAUGGCUUUGUUUCCCGAUUAUGAGGUUCAAAAUUUUCCAAAUUAUAGUUCGGACCAUGCCCCUAUAAUGGUGUCACUGAAGAAAAGAAACGAUCCAGGGAUGAGGGGUAAGAGCUUUAGGUUCGAACCAUUAUGGCUUUCUAGAGAGGAUUGUGGUGAGAUUGUUGACGAAAGCUGGAACGCAAGUUUGGAGCUGAAUAUUGAUCGAAAGAUUGCUCGACGUGGUGAAGACCUGAGUUUGUGGGCUAGGAAGUCCUGUGGGUCCAUUAAAAAAAUCAAAGACAUUAAGAAGAAGCUUCGUGAACUGAAAGAGGCGGUCAUGGAUGGCUCAACACUUGAGCUAUGCAAAAAUAUGUCCGUACAGCUUGAUACACUUCAUAUGCAAGAAGAAUAUUUUUUGUUUGCUAGGGCCUGA